ACAAUGGGUAAAAUGGGUGAAUGACAGAAGUGUUUGUGAACUGGUGUUCAGCGUGUCACCUGUAUUAGUAUCAAUGUACUGGACUUACUGGGAGCUGUGGUCCUGACGACUUUCCUGUCGUGGAAACCAACCCAAACAACCAGGUGCUGUGCUUCUGGCAUGUUUAGACACAUUAACAGCUCCAGCUGUUCAUAAACAUAGUUCUACACAUUACACUAUACACUUAUGUUCAUGGUAUCCUUUUCAUUAAGAUGAAAAUAAAAACGAGUCUUUUUCUCGUUUUCCCAGCUUUUAUUCUGGUGGGGGGAUCAAACUGUUAGAACGUACACGGACCGUUAAUGCGCGUAGUUUACUUUGCAUUGAUGGGCAGAUUCCACCCACGUCCAGCUGCUACUGUUAUUUAACGCGUCAACGUCAGGUCCUUGGCUUCCACUGGGCCUGUUGUUUGCGCUACGUCUGGGAUUGUAGUCUUUAAAAACGCCUCGUUCUGCAGGCGAAUACGCACUCGGACUACAACAUCCACGAAGCACAGCGCGUGGAGGGCGCUUGUUGGGGGUUCGCUAAUCUGACAACCAUGUGGAUGCAGUGCUUCGACACUCCGCCGCUUCAUAGAUCUGUGUUUUUAUCCAGGUCAUCCUCGUAGACAGACGUGCGCCCCGCUUCCACUGUUUACGUCUGCGGCGUGGAGCACGCAUGCACGCGCUGCUUUAUUGUAGGAACUGGAUCAGAAGUUGAGAGCACGCUGCUAUGGUCGCGCCACAUGGACGUUGCUCGACGGAUCAGACACGAGCAGGCGGCACGUGAAGCCGUUGGAGCGUCGCGUCUCGGGCUGCACUGAGCUGUUGUCGCCAGUCACGCGUCCUCUCCAGCUCCAUGAUGGCGAUGUUCCGGAGCCUGGUCUCGGCGAGCGCGCAGCUGCGGCCCCAGCAGCCGUCCGCCAGCGCGGCCGAGGGCGUCGAGAGCCAGUUCUCGUGCCCCAUCUGCCUGGAGGUGUACCACAAGCCCGUCAGCAUCGCCGGCUGCUCGCACACGUUCUGUGGGGAAUGUUUGCAGCCAUGUCUUCAGGUGACCUCGCCCCUCUGUCCUCUGUGUCGUGUGCCCUUUGACCCUAAGAAAGUGGAUCGCUCCUCCAGUGUGGAGAAACAGCUGGGCUCCUACAAAGCCCCCUGCAGGGGCUGUAGCAAGAAGGUGGCUCUGGUGAAGAUGAGGUCCCACAUUGCGUCCUGUUCUAAGGUGCAGGAGCAAAUAGCCAACUGUCCCAAGUUUGUCCCUGUGGUUCCCACGUCCCAACCCAUACCAAGCAAUAUUCCAAACCGGUCCACGUUUGUGUGUCCAUUCUGUGGAGCCAGGAACCUGGACCAACAGGAGCUGCUCAAACACUGUAUGACCAGCCAUCGCAAUGACCCCAACAAAGUGGUGUGCCCUGUGUGUUCAGCCAUGCCGUGGGGAGACCCCAGCUACAAGAGCUCCAACUUUCUCCAGCAUCUACUCCACAGACACAAGUUCUCCUAUGACACGUUUGUUGUUCCUGCACCACAGAGGUCCACGGCCAUUUCCAGUAAACUCUGCCACCUCAUGCAUUGUUCCAUUGGAUCCAUGACUGCAGCUGCUAAGACAAACAACAGGAACCUGUCAUGUGACCCCCACAGCUCGAAGGGCGUCCUCUGGAACAACCGACUCAAAGUGUCCUAACGGCGGCUGAACCACUGGUGCAGGUCCAGAUGUUUUGGUUGAGUUGCUGCCUGAGACAGUACUGCCGUGGUCAGUGUGUUAUUGGAUCAUGAAUUAGUCAAUAAUGAAGAACCUACAUGACUGAAACAUUAAACUGGUUUGAUGACAUGAAGGUCAUAAUCAGUCAAUGGUUUGACUGGUAGGAGGAAAACUGCAAAUCAUUUGUUUUUCUCACUGUUAAAGUAAUACAACCCAUCCUAGAAAAGCUGGGAUGAUGUGUAAAGCGUCCAUCAGAAAACAGACGCUGUGAUGUGCUGCAUUAAAGAUGGUCCUGGACAUCAUGUGGACUCAGGAACCAGUGUCCCUGUGUAUGGGCACAAUCAUGAACGGGAUUACAGCAGAGUCACACAAACAAUGAGUCAAAAACACAGUCACUAAGUCCGAACAUCUGGAAACCAUCAUCAUCGAAGAGGAGCUGGACCUUCUGAUUCUCUGCAGAUGUGUUAGUUGGCAGCUUCGACGUCUAAAGUCUUUGAUUCUCCUUUCACACAUCAUCACAACGUUCGGAGAAGAGGGCUGGUAUAAAACAUGAAGGUAGACUCUGUUUAGACAUCGUGUUUUUUUCACAUGCAGGCGUGUAAGUUGUUCCCUUGUCCCCUGUCCUGACUGAAGGAUGAGGUCUAACUCUGUGCUGAAUGCGGCACUGAACGGUGAGAGCAGGAUCCAACCGUGAACUCAGAGGUGUCAGCAUUUACAGACAUGAGCCUCCACAACUCUGACACACAGUUCCUCUUUUCAGCGUGAGUAUUUGCACGCUUGUGAUUUUUCUAUCUAGUAUCAUACAGUUGGUGUCUGGUGCUCGAUGGAUGUUGGACCUUGUUCUGUACCCUGCUUCAGACCUUGGAACAAGGAGGAUUUUUUGAUUCAUCUGCUAAGGUCCAUGACUAAAAGUCAAGUUUGUGACCACAACCUUCUGUGAUAGUUGCUGUUAGUACUGGUAGAUCCACCAGAGGAGCGUAUAGAGGACAGUCCAAUGCAGAGUCUGACCAGCAGGUGGUGGUGUCCUCAGUCAGGCUGGUAGUUUACUGACACAUCCACAUCCAAUGAAUGAACUGUUUUGUAUUUUGUUUGUUUUUCCUCUAAAUAAGCAGCAUGUCUCAUUUUCUUGUCAUUAUUAUAUUAACAAAUGGUUCUAAGGAUGCAGAAUAAAUGAAUAAUAAUAAUAAAUAAAUGAGUGCAGGUGUGAGGCAGGGAAACAUGGUACCUCUGGUAUGACUGCUCAGUGUCCCCACAUCAUCCAACAGCCGAUUACACACAUACGUUCAUCAUUUCUGCUCUGUGCCCCGACAAGGGACAAGGCAAUCUAAAUAUUACUAAAGUUUGAAUUCAGAUGAGAUCAGUCCAAGGAUUCCAGGCCCCCAACGCAUCCACACAGGGACCAUGCAGACCCCAUGAAGGUUAAUAAUUGGUCAUAAAACUAAAAACAGAUUUAAACCCUAUUCUUCAUUAGAUGUUUCUUUACUUGACAGAUUGACCACAUCUUGAUUGUCCGAUUGCAUAUUCAGUAGUGGUGUACAUCUCUAGCAUCCUGUCUUUCAUUGUUGGACAUAUUAAAUUUAAAUUUGUCAACGACAA